ACUACAAGUCCUACAUACUUUUGCUACCUAGCUAAUCAAGCUUACGGUCAGAAGAAGCUAACGAAUUAGAAGCUAUGUCUAGCUAGCUAGCAGGAGGAGGAAGAAGAAGAGGAAGAGGAAGAGGAAGAGGAGGAGUUCAUCAGGAUUGCGGCGGCGAUCGAUCGAUCGACACGUGUCGUCAAUUUUUCUCGCAAAUCAGUCAGGAUCAGAUCGAGCCCAAAGAGCUAUGGUGUGAGCAGAUGUGACAAGGAAGAUCGAACAGCAGCAGAUUUGGUAGCUGAUCCAGGUGAUCAAGAAAAGGAUAGAUAUAGCCAGUGGUACGGCUGCAGAUCGAGAGAGAGAUAAAGCUAGCUUCUACCGAGAUUUUGCAUGGGGGAUAGGCCAUGGCAGCAGCUGCAGCAGCCACAUGAUCAGCAGCAGGCUUCUUGCUCAGUCACGGCAGGGACGAUGAUGCAAGCUUCUGCAGCCUCCUCCUCCAUCCAUGGCAGCAGCAUCAUCAGAAAGGACCCUGGGGGAGGAUACGACAUGGCAGAGUUGGAUCACAUCUUCCUCUACCUCAAUAGCCAGGAUCAAGCAUCAUCAGCAAUCCAAGAUCAACAACCUCAAACCCUCAACAUCUUCCCUUCUCAGCCAAUGCACGCCGGCGAGCCUUCUCCCAGGGGAUCGUCAUCCAUGGCCACCAACAGCUCGGCGCCGUCGAGUAGCGCCCUCGCCGCCGGCGCCGGCAGCUCUUCCAAGCGGCCGGCCGCCGCCGCGGCCGGCCAGCCGUCGAGGCUGAAUCCGGCGGAUCAGCCGUCUGCCUCCGGGAAGGACGGCAAGGGCGCCGCCGCUGCCGUCGUCAAGAAAGAAGGCGCCGGCGCCGGCAAGCAGCACGGCGGCGGGGCGGCGGCGGAGCACGAGGGCCCCAAGACGCCGGACGCCAAGACGCUGCGGAGGCUUGCGCAGAACCGGGAGGCCGCCAGAAAAAGCAGGCUCAGAAAGAAGGCUUACAUUCAGAAUCUGGAGACAAGCAGGAUUAGGUUGUCUCAGCUGGAACAGGAGAUGAUGCAAAGAUCAAGAACUCAGGGUGCAAUCUUGGGUGGUGGAGCCUUUUCUUCCGGCAUUGGAGGACAAAGCCCAGAGGCGGCGUGGUUCGACGGCGAGUACGCGCGGUGGGUGGAGAGCCACGAGAGGAUGAUGGCUCACCUGCGGGCGGCGGUGGACGGCGGCGUGGCGGUGGCGGAGGAGCAGCUGCGGCAGCUGGUCGACGCCGCGGUGGCGCACCACGGCGUGCUGGUGGAGCUGAAGGCCGCCGUGGCCAGCGCCGACGUCUUCCACCUCGUCUCCGGGACGUGGCUGCCCGCCGCCGAGCGCUGCUUCCUCUGGAUCGGUGGCUUCCGCCCCUCCGAGAUCAUCAAGAUGGUGGCACGGCACGCGGAGCCGCUGACAGAGCAGCAAGCGGCGGGGGUGUACGGCGUGCAGCAGUGGGCUCGGGAGAGGGAGGAGGCGCUGGACCGUGACCUCGACGCCACCCACCGCGCCCUCUCCGACGCCGUCUCCUCCGACGCCCUGCCGCCGCUCUGCCCCCCCGCCGCCGCCUUCUCCGACGUCGCCAUGGCCCACCUCUCCCUCGCCGUCGCCAACCUCACCUCCCUCGAAGCCUUCGUCAGGCAGGCGGACGCGCUGAGGUUGCAGACGCUGUACAAGCUGCCGCAGAUACUGACGGCGCGGCAGUCGGCGCGGUGCUUCCUCGCCAUCGCCGACCACUCCCACCGCCUCCGCGCCCUCACCUCGCUCUGGCUCUCCCGGCCGCGCCACCCCGACCAGCCGCCGCCGCCCCCUCCGCCGCCGCCGGCCGCCGGCCGCCUCCACCCAUGAACAGCAGAAACCCUAGCCACCAUUACAUGUAGCUCAAUUGAUCACUGCAGCUUACGUUCAGACAGGGACAGGGUUAAUUAGCUUUUCAGUUUCGCAGGUUCAGAGUUCAGACAGAAAAAAGCAUAGAGAUGAUGGUCAGUCGAUCAGGUGUUUGAUCGCUUUUAAUUUACUUUCUCGCUUCUUUCUUUGACAGGAUCAGGUGAUUUAAUUAGGUUGGGUAGCAUGUUGUAAUUGUGCAUAUCAUAUAUAAAGAAAGAACUAAUCAAGCUGUAGUAGCUGAUGAUUAUGAUGAUGAUUAGUCAGUAUGAAAAUAAGAAUUGGAAUUGACGAGACUGUAAUGUUUGUCUUGUGGCAUAUGGUUGACUGACUUUGCU